GGGUCGGUGAGGCGAAUGUCAUCAGUCAACACAAGUUCACUCAGUCAGGAACAUCACCUGAAGUACAUUGUUUGCAAGUGAUAUAUAACAUCUCGUAACAGAGAAGUCUCUUCACUCGUUAUCUUCUAGCACCACGAAAAAUAUGCGCGCAUUCGUGGUACUCGCCUGCGUGGCGUUGGCAUACGGCCGUCCAGAGCCACCAGUUGGUUACAGCUACCCAUCUCCAAGCAAAGUCUCCGCAUCAUCCGGCAGUUUUGGUUUUUCAUCUGUAGGACUCGGAAGCAGUCACUCUGGAGUAUCUUUUGGUGGCCUUUCUGAAGGACACUCAUCCGGUGGAAUAUCACUUGGUGGUGGUCUUUCUUCUGGUGGAAUUUCUUUAAGCAGCGGAGGCAUUGGAGGUGGAAUCAGUAGUGGAAUUGGAGGAGGUUUCAGCUCUGGAUUUGCCGGUGACUCCGGUUUUGGUGGUUCUUUGGGUGGCGGAUUCGCUAGCGCUCCCAUAGUUCAAAAGCAUGUCUACGUACAUGUUCCCCCACCAGAACCCCAAGAACAGAGAAUUCCUCGUAUCACUCCAGUAGCACCACCACAGAAGCACUACAAAAUUAUCUUCAUUAAGGCACCUACCCCUCCUACCCCAGUAGCUCCCAUUAUCCCAGUACAACAACAAAACGAAGAGAAGACCCUUGUUUACGUACUUGUCAAGAAACCCGAAGAACAACCCGAUAUUGUUAUUCCCACCGCUGCACCAACUCAGCCCUCCAAACCUGAAGUAUACUUCAUCAAGUACCAGACCCAAAAGGAAUCUGAUGCUGGAAUUAGUGGCGGUAUUGGUGGUGGCGCUAUCGGCGGUGGAUCUUUAGGUGGUUCUAUCGGCGGUGGAUCUUUAGGUGGUGCUGAUCUCGGUGCUAUCAGUGGUGGAUCAGGAAUCGAGGGUUCCUUACUCAGUGGCUCUGCUGGUCACGGAGGUGUAGAGAUUUCUUCUGAUUUUGGCGCUUCCAGUGGUGUUGAAAGCGUUUCAUCCAGCGGACAUGGCGGAGCUGCCAGCUCUCAAUACGGACCUCCCGGCCACAUCGCAGGACCACUUCACUAAAGCUAAAUCAAUAGAUAUGGUUGUCACUCGGUGGUAGGAUAAUUACAAUUGUUACACAUUCAACCAUUGCUAUGCGAACAAUUCACACUUUUUAUACGAAAGUCUUGAGGUAAUUUUAAUUAUAUAAAAGUUAUAAUGAUUAUUUGUACAUACAUCUUUAGCCUGUGGCAGAACUCUCUGUACAUAGUCAUCUUCUUUGUUCGAUUACAGGCUAAUGCUUAGAAUCAACUGUUCUAUCACAUAUUGACAUAUCAUUAUUACUUGUUAUUAGUGCACUGUGUUGUUCAUAUGAAAGUAUUUUACUGCGACUGUUAUGUUUAUGUAUUAUAAACAGCUUUUUUAUU